AUGAGCUCCUCUACUGACCUGGAGUUCCUUAACGUAACCGAGACGACGUCCAUGCUGAAGUUCACCUGGGUUCCUCCUGAUGCGGCCGUGACCGGAUACCGCGUCAUGUACGGACAGAAGGGGGCUACAGAACAGCUCAGCCCCUCCCCGGGUCCAGCAGACAGAUCUGCUGUGAUUGAGGGACUUCAGGCAGGCACCAUGUACAAGGUGGAGAUCAUCACCAUCGGGGUUCGCCGAGAAAGCCUCCCUCUAAUUGGACGAAAUGCGACUGAGCCCGACGAAUGUGCGACAGUGAACGGGCGGUGUGACCACAUCUGCUCCAAUAUCCCUGGGGGGUACAGGUGCCUUUGCCGCAAUGGAUUCGUGCUUAUGACGGACGCCCACGGCUGUGGAGUGUGCGGCCACUGCCAGGGCGGGAAAGACUGUGACCCGAUGUCAGGUGUCUGCUCGACUGGGUGUCGUGAUGGAUGGAAAUCACGACUUUGCAAUAAAGCUGUAGGUCCACCGAUGGACCUUGCCGUAACUGACAUCACGGAUGAAGGGUUCAAGGUCACGUGGUCUCCAUCCCCUGACCUUGAACUUGAGGGAUACCGUGUCGAAGUGUCCGGGCUGGACAUGGUGACAGCUGUCAAUCAGAGCACAGCCGAGGCAUCGCUUCCGGUGGUUGGUCUGUCACCGGAGACAGAUUACGUCAUCAGGGUGACAGCCCUGUUCUCAUCAGGCGGUUGGAGGUCACAGAGCGAGGCGGCGACGAUUUUGACGGAAACGGCCGCCGUACCCACCACAACGCCUGCCCCUGCUGAUACCAACGAGCAGACAAGCCAGAGAACAAGUUUCCUGUCCACUCAACCAGCGACGUCGACGCAGCAACAUACACUGGAAGCUGUGAAGGGUGACGCUGUCACACCCACAGUGGAUGCCUCAACUGAACAGAGACGCAGACUGACCACAGUCUUGUCCCCCAGUCUGUCAACUACAGCCGGACCACUCGGACUUGAAAACGAUGGAGGGUUCUCACCUACUUACCCUUCAUCCACUAAGACAAAAAACACCAAGGCGUCCAGAGGCAGACCACCUGUGGUCAGCAUAGCAACGCCAGUGGACCAGGGUCUUGGUCACAGCAUGGACAGCAUCUAUGCAGCGUCCGUCUCCUCAAAUCCACAGGAUGUACUCAAGAUGUUGGCUCAGGUGAGUCACACUCAGUAA